AGUAACCAUUUAGAGGUAGCAUAGAAAAUGAAGAUUUUCUGUUUUAAAGACUAAUAGUAAUUGUCUUUAGCUUCUGAUGGGUAAUGUUCAAGGGCUAUUACUACCUUGAUUCACGUAUUGAGUGAAAGCAACUCAGUAGUUUGGAACACCUAAUGAUGAACCAAUUUGUAGUUAAUAACACAUCAGUGUUGGCUAGGAAUAGUCAGCUUUACUUUGAUAAGCCCAUUUGAUGACCUUUCAACCGCAUGUUACAGGGAAAGAUGAUAACAAAGUGUUGAUUGAUUGUAGCUUCCAUAACUAAUUAAUUAUAUUCUGUUCGUGAUUUUUCCCCCAUGACAGGUCCACUCGUAAAUGCAAAUUUCUGAACCAGUGCUCUCAGUUUGCAAAAGAUAUGAAAGUGCUUCUGGUUGAGAGAGUUUACGUUGUUAAUGUUCUUGGUUACAUAUCGUACAACUUUGUCAUCGGGGCGUACUCCUAUUGGGGGCCAAAGGCUGGUUAUAACAUUUACCAUAUGGUAUCAUUACAGUGAGCUCUGAUUCUUACUUUUGAACAUAUGGCAUUCUAUGGUACCUUAAGGUACCAUACCUAAUCAUCUGAAUCGCUGAAGUAUUAUUGGUACCUUGAAGAGAAAUGCUGAUAUGAUAUUUGGAGGAAUUACAAUUGUUUGUGGGAUACUCGGGACAAUAUCUGGAGGUUUCAUUCUAGAUCGCAUGAGUGCUACAAUCUCAAAUGCUUUUAAGCUUCUAUCUGUCUCAACAUUUCUAGGCGCUGUAUUUUGCUUCACUGCCUUCUGUCUAAAGCCUCUGUAUGGUUUCAUAGCCCUUUUCUCAGUGGGUGAGCUACUUGUCUUUGCAACACAGGCUCCUGUCAAUUAUGUGUGUCUGCACUGUGUCAAACCAAGUUUGAGACCAUUAUCCAUGGCUAUGUCCACUGUUGCAAUCCAUAUCUUUGGUGACGUGCCUUCCUCACCACUUGUUGGGGUCCUUCAGGACAACAUCCACAACUGGCGGAAAACUGCUCUUAUUCUGACGUCUGUUCUCUUCCUUGCUGCUUUUAUAUGGUUUAUAGGAGUUUUUCUAAAGAGUGUAGAUAGGUUUAAUGAGGAUUGUGAAAAUCAAACAUCUCCAUCAAUUAAAGCCAGCAUGAAGCCAUUGCUCGACGGAAACACAGACAAGAGAGAAGACAAUGUAUUGGAAUCAUGAGGUUCUAAGGAGUCAGUCGUGACUCUUCUUCAUCCAGUUUAGUGAUGUUUGCGACUCUGAUGCUUAAUAUGAAAUGUAAUGGUCCUUAACUACUUGAUCGUCUUUUCAAUGUUUAUAUCACAGUUAAAAUUCAUCAAAAUUAUUUCAUUCCACCGCACACCUUGUCAAGAACAUAGGCACCAGUCUGUAUAUAUUAGUUUUACAGUCUCUUCAGGCUGCCUGACACCCUAAUACUCUCCAGAUCACUUGACCAUAGAAAUAUAUGUAACAGCACUUCUAGCAGAUUCAAAACUUUGGCGGGCUUAUUGAG